AUGGGUAUAAUAGAAUUAUCAGAUGAAGAAGAAACUGAGAAACAAGUAGAGAAUGUAAACGCAUUAAACUCUAGAGCUACUAAUAAACGUCCUCUAAAAUACUUGUCAAGUAGAUGGUCUGAGAUAUUUAAGGAAAGCUCUGAAAAUAUAAAUGAUAGCUAUAGUAAACGGUAUAGAAAAAGAGCUUCAAAAAAUUUAGGAAGUGUAAAGAGAACAACUCAAGAUCUACCCAUAUCAAGUCCAGCAUUGGAUACCUUAUCUAUAUAUAAUAAUAUUAAAGAAAUAAUGUGGGAAAAACGUAGACUUGAGUGGAAAUUUCAUUUUGAUAGAAACCGUGUUUUUUUUGAAAGUUUUCCUAUAUAUAGUAAGCACUUAGACCCAAUCUACAAUGGAAAACAAUUAGAUAAUAAGUGGCAUUUACAACGUAAUAUAUCUUCAGAGCUAUUUUGUAAAGGUAGCCUAUUAACUGGCAAAAAAGUAUGCUUAAUUGAUAAUAAUCAUUAUAUAUUUCAUAGUAAAAACCAACUAUAUCAAAAGUUAAGAUGGUAUGGGGCUAAAGUUUUAACAUAUUAUUGUUCUAGAGCGGAUUAUGUUCUAUGCCCUUCAUCUUUUAAAGAAUUGGUACUAAAAGUUAAUAAUAAUAAUAAUGAAUUUAAUAAUUUAAUAAAUUAUUCUAGUGAUCAAUUCAUGUCCUAUAAUAUGCUUAAUUUGCGUGGAUUAUCUCAUGGUCAAAUUAAAUUGAGCGAAUUAGAAUUCUUGGAGUUUGUUAAUGAAGAUAUUUCUUUAGCCCUUGGGGCAAUAAGUCAAUCUGCUGAAUAUGGAUCUAAAGUGAAUGUAUAUGAACAAAUAAGAGAUAAAAUUGGAAAAUCCAACUCUAACUCAAAAAAGAUGGAUGACUUUAGACCAAGGGACAUAUGGGAAUUAAUUGGUCAUAAAGAUAGUGCAGAAGAUUUAUAUAAAAGUUUAUUAGAUAUUAGAAUACAAACUGAACCCAUUGAUAAACUUCAAUCUCUUGGAAUAGAUAUACAUUAUGAGGCUUACAAAGAUAACUAUGAAACAAUUUGUGGUAUAAUCGUAAUUAUUGCCCCCAAUAAUUCUGGAGCCCAAUUAUGUGCUGAAUUUUCCGCAUUUGGUUGUGGCUAUGAGCCAAAGGUACUUCGUGGUUCUGAUGUAGUAGAUCCAUUCAUAAGACAAUGGAAAAAAGGUCACUCUUUGCAAUUAACCAAAAAUUUGUUUAGUAAAUUUGAUGAACCUCCAAUAUGUACAAUAUUAUCUGACUGUAGUAGCUCAAUUAAGUUAAGUGAUAUUCAGAAACUUUGUGUUUUAUAUACCAACUUUAACUACUUAAAUAAUAAAGUAUCGAUAAGUCAGAAGGUAAACAAUAAAGAUCUGUAUAUUAAUAAAAAAUAUAAUUCCAUAACAAAAUCAAGCUUAGAAGAUCUAGAUUUAUUUAAUACAAAAGUUAAUGAGUCGCAGUGUUUAGUAUCAAGUAAAUGCAGAUAUUCAAAUCCUGGUGCAAUUAUUAUUAUUUUAGAAGAUACUUCAGAAGCAGGACAAAUGAUUUUGAAUCAGUGCUGUUAUUCCAAUAAAUGUGAGAACUCAAACAAUUCAUAUAUAAUUUUUAACAGAACAGAUAGCUUCCGUCAGUCAAUAAGAAAAAGUAGUUCUUUGAGUUGCAUGAAAGUUAUCUACCUACAUCAUUUUUCUAAGCUUUCUGUAGCUUGCGGCCUGUUCAACAUUACAAAAAAUUUAAAUUUACUUUUUAAACUAAUCGAUUAUUAUGGUGCAAAUAUUCUGAAAAUUACUAAGACUCUUCAAUGGAUUAAACUGACCGAUGUUAAGGAUGUAAAUAUUGAAAAAUUAUUCCCAACUCCAUAUAUUCCAAUUUAUACAAAUGCAGUUGUAGAAAUUUUUUUUUCUUUAGUUCAAAAACACCUAUUUUCAUUACAUAUUACAAAUCCUUUUAUAAUUAGGAAGGAAAUAUUCAGACUCUCUACACUGGAAAUCAAUUCCAAUACUAAUUCCAUUAAUUGUAAUGGUGACUACACUCUACAAUUAGCUUACGAAGUAUUUCCCUUUAUACUAUAUAUAAUUGACAAGUUGCUCUUUGAAAGAUUAGAUGAAACUAUUUCUAUUACUAGUAAUGAAAAUAAGAGAACUCAGAUUAAUAAGAUAAAUCUAGCUAGUAAUCUUGAAAUUAGUAAAAUCAAAUGUAAUCAGUUAAAGUUAGAUAUCUGCCAAGUUAACAAAGUAGUAAAUAAAUUACCAAGUGGUCCAAGCAUUCAUGAAUAUUAUUUAGAAAACUUUAAUCUGUAUUCUGAAAAUUAUCUUACUAAGAAAUAUACGUCAUUAAAUACAAAUUCUAUGGGGUUUGGAAUUGAUUAUUUUGAUUAUUAUUUGUCUCAAGAUAAACCUAAGCAUUCAAUCAGAAUUUAUAAUGGAUUUAACUCACUUUAUACUGAUUAUUUUACUUCUAAUGAUAGUCUAUCAAAAUUAGCAACUUUGAUGGAUGGUUUAGCAACUUUUGAUUCAUGGUACCAGUACUUAAAACGAUCAGAUAUACAUUUCACAAAUGAUAUCAACUAUUAUACUUAUUAUAUUAAUAACAAUUCUAAAAUUUCUACAUGUGAAAUGUUCUUGACUUCUAUAUAUCUCUAUGCUAUUAUGAACUCUUUUAACUGUAUCCGAUUUCAAAAUAUACUCUGUAAUUUACCACCAUCUAAUAAGCUUUCUUCUUAUAUAUUGAACAAAAUGAUCAAGUAUAGCUCUAUAUACUCUUGCAAUUAUAAAGACUUCCAGUUUGAGAAAAAGAGCGAAAAUGCUAAUAUUUGGCGAAAUAUAGAAUUUUCGUAUAUAAAGUGGAAUAAAGAAUUGCAUUGUCUACUACCCACCUGGAAGUCCUUUGCAAUGGAUUCUAAUCUAGUUCACCUUUAUCAGUUUAGAAGUACUACAUUUAAGAAUUUUGAUACUAUAUCAACAAUCUUUUCAGCUAAAAUACUUCGUCUUAAUAUAAAAUUUACGGAAUUACCAAGAGUUAGUUUAAAAUUUAAACUAUAG